AUGCCUCUCUGCGGCUCCUCGGCACGUUCGACGGUCCAGCGCAAGAUUGUCUUGCUUGGUGAUGGUGCAUGUGGAAAGACCUCUUUACUGAACGUCUUCACAAGAGGAUAUUUCCCUCAGGUUUACGAACCUACUGUUUUUGAAAACUACGUCCAUGACAUCUACGUCGACAACACACAUAUCGAACUUAGCCUGUGGGACACAGCAGGACAAGAGGAAUUCGACAGAUUAAGAUCUCUGUCUUACAGCGAUACCCACACGAUCAUGUUAUGUUUCAGCGUCGAUUCGAGAGAUUCCCUGGAAAACGUUGAACAAAAGUGGGUUGGAGAAAUCGCAGACAACUGCCAGGGCGUUAAGCUCGUCUUGGUCGCUUUGAAGUGCGAUUUGAGAGAAGAGGCUGCCUCGGAAGGCCCAGAGAAAGCAAGCGAAUUCAUUAGUUAUGCCGAAGGAUUAGCUGUCGCUGAAAGGAUUAAGGCCCUCAGAUAUCUCGAAUGUUCUGCGAAGAUCAACCGCGGAGUUAACGAAGCCUUCUCGGAAGCCGCAAGAGUCGCUCUGACCUCGAAACCGCAAGGAGCGGCCGCAUCAUCCGGACGAGGCUGCUGCAUUAUGUAA